UCUAGAUAAAGACGAGCUGUAGAUAAGCCCUCGAAUUUUCUUGAUCACCUCAGCUUUUUCUGAACACUCUUUGAGCUCGAUCACGAUUUCUUCUCACUUUCUCCGUCAACAUGAACCGGUUCUUCAAGAACUCACUGACCCACCAUCUCUCUCUCGGCCUCAGGCAGGUCGGCACCAGAUUCAGGAACCGCCCUCGCGGUUUCGCUCGCUGGGGUGGCGGCGAUGGCGGCGAUCCCGAGCCAGAGUCGUGGAGAUCAAUGGAGGGUCUCGUCCGUUGCUCGGCCAAUUACGCCCCUCUUACUCCCAUCAGCUUCUUGGAGCGGUCGGCCAAGGUCUACAGGGACGCGACCUCGGUGGUGUACGGCGACGUGAAGUACACUUGGAGUGAGACUCACGAGCGGUGCCGUAGAGUGGCCUCUGCUCUGUCCCGGCUGGGAAUUUCCCGGGGCGAUGUGGUGGCCACCUUGGCUCCCAACGUCCCUGCAGUGUACGAGCUGCAUUUCGCGGUCCCCAUGGCUGGAGCGAUCCUCUGCACGCUCAAUGCCCGGCAUGACCCAUCCAUGUUGUCCAUACUUCUGAAACAUUCAAGAGCCAAGAUCAUUUUCGUGGACUGUCAGCUACUCGAAGUUGCUCGCUGCGCAAUUGAUAUGUUCAACAAGACAGAAACAGAACCCCCGAUUCUAGUCCUUAUUUCUGAAUCGGAUGGUUCUGUUCCUCUGCAUCCUUCAGGCAUUUGCGAGUAUGAAGGGCUCGUGGCCUCGGGGUCCGACGAUUUCGAGGUGCGCCGACCACGCAAUGAAUGGGAUCCUAUCAGCAUAAACUAUACUUCCGGGACGACAUCACAGCCCAAAGGAGUUGUCUAUAGCCAUAGAGGUGCGUAUCUAAAUUCGAUCGCGACAUUUCUUCUUCAUGAGAUGGGCUCGAUGCCGGUUUACCUGUGGACAGUGCCUAUGUUUCAUUGCAACGGAUGGUGCUUGACUUGGGGAGUUGCGGCACAAGGCGGCACCAACGUGUGCCUCCGAAAAGUCUCUCCAAAGGCAAUUUUUGAUAGUAUUGCUAUGCAUAACGUGACUCACAUGGGUGGAGCGCCGACUGUCUUGAAUAUGAUUGUUAACUCAGCGGUAGAUGAUCGACGGCCUCUUCCUUGCAAGGUGGAAAUCAUGACGGGCGGUUCGCCGCCGCCUCCACAAAUCCUAUUCAAGAUGGAAGAGCUCGGUUUCAGUGUGUCGCACUUGUAUGGCUUGACAGAAAUUUACGGUCCGGGGACGUACUGUGCGUGGAAGCCCGAGUGGGACUCUCUGCCCUCUGACCAAAGAUCAAAAAUCAAAGCUCGACAAGGGGUGCAACAUCUCGGCCUCGAGGAAGUCGACGUUAGAGAUCCAGUCACAAUGGAGAGCGUUCCUAGUGAUGGUAAAUCUCUAGGAGAGAUCAUGUUCAGAGGCAACACUGUCAUGAGCGGGUACUAUAAGAAUCAGGAAGCGACGGACAAGGUAUUCGAGGGCGGAUGGCUUCACAGUGGAGAUCUUGCAGUGAAGCAUCCCGAUGGCUACAUCGAAAUGAAAGAUCGUUUGAAAGACAUUAUAAUUUCGGGAGGAGAAAAUAUAAGCACCGUGGAGGUAGAGACAGCUCUGUACAGCCAUCCGGCAGUUCUAGAGGCCGCGGUGGUCGCGCGUCCCGAUAAUCAUUGGGGCCAAACGCCUUGCGCAUUCGUUAAGUUAAAGGAGGGAUGUGACGUCGAUGCUCAGGAGAUCAUAGGAUUUUGUCGAGAGCAUUUGCCUCAUUACAUGUCUCCUCGUACAGUCGUGUUCGAGGAUUUGCCUAGAACUUCGACUGGAAAGAUACAAAAGUUCAUUCUGAGGGAAAAAGCAAAGGCCAUGGGCAGUCUCUCAUGAACCAAGCAUUUCACAAUCUAUCCCCACACUUUAUGUGAUCAUUAUUAUGUAAUGUCUCACAAUUGACAGAUUUUCUCACAGUCGAUGGUUCACAAAAGGUUUUUGGAGGUGACUAAUUUGUGUUAUUCAUCAUUUUGACCCACAGAAUGGCGAAUACAGUUCAUGGGACCUAAGAAUAGGUAUAUCAAAUUGCUCUUCUGGUA